UGUGCGCGUCCGUGUAUUACUUCUAGACUUUCCGUACGUUUUCACCGCGACUUCCGCGUAUUAGUGAGCUCUUUGUGAUUAUGAACUUGGGUGCGUUGCGUUCUCCAAAAUUCUACAAAACAGAAGCACUCGGUCUAAGGACUCCGCCAUCCGCCAUCGCUCCACCAUAGACGACGCCGCUGCCAUACUCUCCACCUUUGGAUAAUUGGACUCAAGCUUGUCCUGAUUUUGGUUGAUUCCACUGUUACUGAUGAGAAGAUAUCUAUUCUUGCGUGAGUUACAAAAUGUCUGAGUUGAUAGAAUUGUUUGUUUCAAUUGGAUUAAAAGAACAAAAGGCCAAAGAAACAGUAAAAAAUGUAGUUGUUUCGAAUAACUUAAAGAAAUGUAUUGAAGAAGCAAACAAAAUAAGAAUUGCUAAUGCAGAAGAUGGAACACUAUUGUACCAUUUAGCCUCCAAGGUAAAACCUCAAGUCGCAGAAAACAUUCCUCUGCUUGUGAAAUGGAUAAUGGAAAAGAAAUUGAGUUCACCUCAAAGAUUAGAUGCAGCCUUAGAGUUUUUGUUAUCAAAUGCUGCAGGCAAGGUAAAUGUAGAUGCUCUGAAAGAUGCUUGUGGAGUUGGAGUGACUAUAACACCUGAACAAAUCGAGAAAGCAGUUGAAGAUAUAAUAAAUGAACAUAAAAAUGAGUUGAUGGAAAAACGCUACAGAUUCAAUUCUGGAAUCAUAAUGAUGGCUGUUAAUACCAAGUUAAAGUGGGCAGAUGGCAAAGCAGUGAAGAAUGAAGUCGAUUUACAAAUAUUAGAUUUGCUUGGGCCUAAAACUGAAGAAGAUUUAGUUCCUAAAAAAGGUGCCAAAGGCAAUAAUGUCAUCAAGGUAAAAAUCGAAAAGAAGGACACUAAAGAAAAACCAAUCAAAGAGUCGGUCAAACAAAAUGGUGUUGAAACGCAUAAUACUGUGUCCAUAAAUGAUGUGUUAAGUAAUUUAAACUUUCAUAAUCCUGGAGAGAACUAUAAAACUGAUGGAUAUGUUGUCACACCUAAUACAACGAAACAUAUGCAGGAACACUUGAAGAUAACUGGUGGUCAAGUACGGACUAGAUUCCCUCCUGAACCGAACGGUAUUUUGCAUAUAGGCCAUGCUAAAGCCAUAAAUAUCAAUUUCGGCUAUGCAGCAGUCAAUAGUGGCAUCUGUUUUCUGAGAUACGAUGAUACAAACCCUGAAAAAGAAGAAGAAAAGUUCUUUGUUGGCAUCAAGGACAUGGUUGAAUGGCUAGGUUAUAAACCAUUUAAAAUUACCCAUUCUUCAGACUACUUUGAUCAGCUUUAUGAAUGGGCUAUCGUACUGAUUAGGAAAGGCCUAGCGUAUGUGUGCCAUCAAAAGGCAGAAGAUAUAAAAGGAUUCAACCCACCACCUUCCCCUUGGAGAGAUAGGCCAAUGGAGGAGAAUCUUCAGCUUUUCCAGGACAUGAAGAAUGGAAAGAUAGAUGAAGGUAAGGCAACUCUGAGGAUGAAAGUUACAUUAGAAGAAGGAAAGCAAGACCCUGUAGCAUAUAGGAUUAAAUUCUUACCUCAUCAUCGUACCGGAAAUAAGUGGUGUAUUUAUCCAACCUACGAUUACACACAUUGCCUGUGCGACUCCAUUGAACACAUCACCCAUUCUCUGUGUACCAAAGAGUUCCAAAACCGAAGAUCAUCGUAUUACUGGCUGUGCAAUGCCCUCGAUAUAUACUGUCCUGUGCAGUGGGAGUACGGUAGAUUAAAUAUGAACUAUACAGUCGUGUCUAAAAGGAAGAUUGCUAAACUGAUCACGGAGAGGAUUGUACGUGAUUGGGACGAUCCUCGUUUGUUCACAUUAACUGCUCUGAGACGCAGGGGCUUUCCGCCAGAGGCAAUCAACAGCUUUUGUGCUCGAAUGGGAGUGACGGGAGCUCAGUCUGUAGUCGACCCGAUGAUGCUUGAGGCUUCAGUACGGGAUGUUCUCAACGAAACUGCGCCUCGGGUCAUGGUGGUGUUGAACCCUGUGAAACUGGUUAUCAACAAUUGUAACAAAUCUAAAGUUAGUGUACCAGACUUCCCCAAUGAUCCCACUAAAGGAUCACACGAAGUGACCUUAGAUAAAGUUGUGUACAUAGAUGGUAUGGAUUUCAAAGAAAGUCCUGAAAAAGGAUACAGGCGACUUGCACCGAACCAGACUGUUGGCUUAAAACACGCUGGUCUAGUUCUUACUGUGGAGAAAGUUGUAAAAACAUCUGAUGGAAAUAUCCUGGAGAUUCAGGUGUCCGCUGAACCCGUUUCUGACUCUAACAAACCUAAAGCUUUCAUCCAAUGGGUGUCAGAUCCAACCAGCAUAGAAGUGCGUCUCUAUGAGAGGCUAUUCAAUCACAAAAACCCUGAAGAUACAACAGCUGUUCCUGGAGGUUUCUUAUCUGAUAUUAAUCCAGAUUCCUUGAAAAUUGAGACUGGGUACGCAGACAAAUCAAUUUUGACAGCAAAACAUUUUGACAAGUUUCAGUUUGAAAGAAUUGGAUUUUUCUCAGUUGAUCCUGAUUCUUCAAGCGGUAAUUUGGUUUUCAACAGAACUGUAACCCUAAAAGAAGAUGCUGGAAAGUGUUAACCUUAACCUUGGAAGUUUAUUUUUAUAUGUGUUAAAUCCUUUUGUAGCUUUUAAAGCUCAAGCUGCUGCUAAAUAUUCAUGGAAGAAGUAUUUUGUUUUAAGGAUUUUACUCUUUUAGUUCAGCUGAAUAAUUAAAUGUUACUCUCUAUUAACCUCCUAUGAUCUACAAGUAUUAUCUUGCAAUAUAUUCAUUAUACUUACAGCAAUAUAAUUUUUAAAAUCUCCAUCUUAAUUACUACGAGCUUGUAUUUAAUAUAACCCACUUGUAUGUUAACAAAGCAACAUCUAAAUUCACAGCAAAGGACUACUAGUCAAAUAACAGAAUAAAUAGAAUUUAAAAUUUGUAAAUUACUAUGUAAGAGGUAAAAUAAAGUUAUCACAGAAAACUGUAAUCAUGAAGAAAAGUAUUCAUAUUCCUUGGUACAUUAUGUUGUAUUUAGUUACUGCAGUGUUUUGCAAAGCAAUCACUCAGUGUUUAAAAGCCAUAAAUGCAUAUCCAUUAAUGAAAGCUUUUUCAGUAUUUAUGAUACUCUUACUUAAUCUAUUUCAAUCAUGUACCUAAAUGUGACAGCUGGAGAGUGAGACAGACAUAUAAGCAAUUACUGUGUAAGUUAAAAUUAAAGAAUUGUUCUGUACUGUUAAUCCAAAAUCAGCCACUGAUUCUUUGAUCCCAUCUACUGUAUUUUACCACUUAAAAGACUAAUUAUAACUAUGUGCCUGUGAGAAUUGCCAGAUUUGUCUCUAGAGUUUUAGAUUGGACAGACUACCGAUAUUCAUAAACCUAAUAAUUAUCUCAAAUUAAUAUGUUCUAUGCCUUUCAGAAUGAGUAUUGGAAAACAGGAUUGGCACCUUUUUGGAAAUAUAAACUCUAGGGGUGAGGAUAAAUAAAUUGUAUUAUUAUGCUUGUUUUACUUGUAUAUUAUAAGUAGAUAAAUAGUUUAUCCUGGUCAUAAAUUACUUAUUUAGUUUGAAACAUUUAUUUUGGAAUUUGUCAUUUUUUAAAGGUAUGUAACUUACUUGAUAAAGAAAAUACAUAUAAAGUUCUCAUACAACAUUGUUUAUUUUUGUUUUAACAAACUUUUAUUUUUGUUUUGUUUUAAAGAAACUUUUAAUUCGAUCAACCAAAAAAAUUAAUGUAAACAACUAAGGGAUUAAUGUAGGAAAAAUAAUUUUUCUCCAUGAUCUUCUUGGAUGGAGGUGGACUUAUUUUGAUUUUGUUAUACUUAUAUUUGAUCAAUAAUGUAAAAUUUUUACUAUAUGUAAACAAUUAUUGAUUAGACUAUCAUUUAAAGAAAUUUGUUAUAUUUUUUUGUUCUCGGAGCAUUGUAUGAUAAUUCUAUUUAUAAAACUGUAUAAUGAUCAUAACAAACUAUUGUGAUUUUGAAAAAUAAACUUUUGGAAUGUUUUGAAA